AUUAAGCUAAGAUUUUAAGCAUUUGCUUGAUUUUACUUUGCGCUCAUUCGGAGAAUAUUUUAUAAUAAUAUUGAAUUAUUUAAUAUUCCUAAAAUUCAAAACAGAAACAGAAUCAUGAGAAUCAGACAAUUUUACUAGUAACUGAUUCUAGAAUUAAAUCUGGAUAUCAUGAGUGACAUCUUGAUCCGCCAUUUUGUUUUUCGUGGCUUUCUUAUGAAUUCCGGCUGAGCUAAUACGCCAAAUUCAUACAAUUAAAAUUGCGUUUUGUCGCAUCUGUGAAUUUAAAAGAAGUUGCAUUUUGUCAUCAGUAUGGAGGAUAAAUCAACCCUGAAAGAUUUAGACCAAUGGAUUGAACAACUCAACGAGUGCAAACAAUUAACAGAGACACAAGUGAAAACCCUAUGUGAUAAGGCAAAAGAGAUUUUGUCAAAAGAAUCAAAUGUACAAGAGGUGAAAUGUCCUGUAACAGUGUGCGGAGAUGUUCAUGGUCAAUUUCAUGACCUAAUGGAGUUGUUUCGGAUAGGAGGACGAUCCCCAGAUACUAAUUAUUUAUUCAUGGGAGAUUAUGUGGAUCGUGGCUACUAUUCAGUGGAAACAGUGACCUUACUAGUGGCGCUAAAGGUGAGAUACCGAGAGAGAAUAACCAUUCUCCGAGGCAAUCACGAAUCGAGACAAAUUACUCAAGUCUACGGAUUCUACGAUGAAUGUCUUCGUAAAUACGGCAAUGCAAAUGUGUGGAAAUUUUUUACGGAUCUUUUUGAUUAUCUGCCGUUGACAGCAUUGGUAGAUGGUCAAAUAUUCUGUUUGCAUGGUGGCCUCAGUCCGUCAAUUGACAGUUUAGAUCAUAUUCGAGCCUUAGACAGACUACAGGAAGUGCCGCAUGAAGGACCAAUGUGUGAUUUGCUAUGGUCCGAUCCUGAUGACCGAGGCGGAUGGGGUAUCUCACCACGUGGAGCUGGCUACACAUUUGGUCAAGACAUUUCGGAGACAUUUAAUCAUACCAACGGUCUGACACUAGUUUCAAGGGCUCAUCAGCUUGUAAUGGAGGGUUACAAUUGGUGUCAUGACCGAAAUGUUGUGACAAUCUUCUCAGCCCCCAACUACUGUUAUCGCUGCGGAAAUCAAGCAGCACUGAUGGAAUUAGAUGAUUCACUCAAAUUUUCAUUCCUUCAAUUCGACCCUGCGCCUCGUCGUGGUGAACCACAUGUUACACGAAGAACCCCAGAUUAUUUCCUCUAAAUGUGUUUAACAGAGACGUAAGAAAUAUUCUAUUUUGAAAAUAAAUUUGAUUAAACAAAACAUAAUGAAGAGAAAUAAUAAAAUAUAGAACUAAACAUAAAAAAUAAAGUAUAACUUGGUAAAUCCCUUUGUGGACAAUGUCUUUUAUAUCUUGUCAAAUCAAAUAUUUCACCCAUGCAUAUGCAACAAAGGAUCAUUGUUUAUUUUUGACUUAAUUUUAUUAAAAAAAAAAGUAAUGGAAAUAUGAAAGUUUUAUAAUUAAAAUCGAUUGAAUACGGAACAAAAAAGCUUGUACACGAUUUUCACAAUUUUUUUUGGAAUGCAUGAACGAGAAAUGUUUGAUAAAUAUGUAGUUCACGUUUUUAAUAUAAAUAGGUAAAUAGUAAAAAAUACAUGCUUAGAGUAAAUAUUAUUUUUUUUUGUGAUCAAAAUAUGAAAAAAACGACACGAAUGAAUUUCAAUAAUAUUUCUGUAGAACAAUGAUAAAAAAAUUAGUAAAAUAAAUUAUUAAAACCCAAAUUGUAUCUUCAAGGAUUGCUUUUUCUAUACUUAUACAUACAAUAUAUAUUAACUAUAACAAUAUGCUUGUAAUAGCAAUGACCAUAAGAAAAGUUUUGAAUUACACUCAAAUGGUGGAAAACACAAUUUAAUAUCACAAAAGAAAAAAAAAAUAUGAUUCAAGAUUCGACAAGAUAUUAAUGAGUUAUCGUUAAAAGGAACGACAAAAGCGCCAAAUGCGUAAUAAGAAAAAAAUAUUCAAUGUAUUAUAAAGAAAAGCAUGUAGGUAUCUAUCUGAAGAAAUAAAACUUUGUGUAACAUACCUAUUAUUUUAAAUUUAGUUACUGAAGCGUAAAUGUAGGAUCAAUUUGCCGAAUAUGGAAAAUAUUUUGUCAAAUCCAUUUUUUUUCUUUAUUUAAUGGUUUGAAUUCUUUCUUUUUUUCAAUCAUUCUAACUUAAAAAAAACAGGGCAAGCUGUAAAAGAAAAUUAAUAUAGAUUUUUAAAUCAGUGCACUAAUCGCACUAACCUUUUUAUACAAUUAUUUGCUAAGUCUCACAAUAUUAAAUUUUUUUGGGAAAUUAUGAAAAAUAAGAUUUUAAACGUUUCUAGUGGCAAUAGAAACAAAAAUGAAUAACAGAUACCUACGUAUAUCAAUAUUUAGUUCUAUAACCGGUAUGUAAGAAAAUCUCUUUUUCGCGUUUAGGUUUCCAUAAAAUUUGGAUAAUUUAUUUAUCAGACAUGAAUGGCUUGGAUUUUAAAGAAGGUACUAUGUAAGAGGUAAUUUAUCAAAUGAUUCACUUUCUACCUACACUACCGAUAACAAACAAAAAUAAAAAUAUAAUGUUAUUAUAUGAGAUUUAACCCAUAUCUGCAGCUCAUAAAAGUUGACCGAAUGAAAUUUUUCAGAAUGGUAGUUCUUAAUCAAAGAAAUGUUUAAGAAUUAUCACAAAAUUAAAAAAAAAAUGGGUUGUCACUGAUUUUCUUUCCAUAAUCACGACAUUUUAGUUAGGUAUGUGUUUGGGACCUCGAGUAUAUUCUAAAAUACUACUGAAGUAUACUAGUAUAUAUGUAUUUUAAUCUUUCAUAAAAUCAUUGUGAGACUAGCUUUACCUUUACUCCAAAAAUUUCUUUUGCAUUUUAGUUCAGAGAAUUUAGAAAUAAUUUCAAUAGCAUAUUUCUUUGGUGACAUUAAAAAAUGCAAACUAAGAAAAAAAAACCAAUAUCGAAUACUUUUUUAAUACACAUUUUUCUACAUACCAUUCGAAAUGAAAUAUUGUAGGUAUCAAUCAAUACAACUCAACUCUAUAAAGACUAAAAUGGAAGUGAUAGACAAACGUUUUUUUUUUGUAAAAUAGAAAACUUAUUCAUGCAUGUGACAAAACAAAAUUUCCUUUGUGUAAUUUUUCUAUUUUUUUUUGUUCCGAUGCUAUUACGUUCUUCUACUUUUUUAACUUAGCACAUCAAAAGAACUACUUAAUUGUUAAGUCAAAGAAAGUAAAAAAAAGCUAAAAAUAAAAAGCUUUAUUUUCAAUGCACCUUGAAAGUGAGAAAGGCCUUGGAGACAUAAGAAUUCUUUUUUCGAAAAUAAUUUAUUUUAUGUUUUUACACUUUUGAUUGUAAGAAAAAUAAUUUUGUGUUGUACAAAAAAAUACAAUAUAUCUAUGUAUAAGCAAAUUUCAUAGUAACUAAAUAAAAAUAUGUAAAAGGAAAAUCGAUUGAAGCAAAAUUUUAGUUUUGUUAGGCAAAUAAAGUUAUUGUUAAGGCUGGUAGGUAUCCGAGCAGAGAAUUUCUUAGAAGGAGGAAGUGCGAGAUUAAGUGAAGAAAACAGAAGUUCAUGCUACUGUUGCAUGAUUUAAUAUUAGAAUUAAAUUUUUGUUUUAUUGUGGUAAUAUCAAUAUCAAAAUAAUAAAGAUAUAAAAAUAACACUA